AUGGAAGCAGACGAGGUCACAGAAGAGCCUCAUACCACCAUGGAUGCAGAGGAGCACCCCUCUUCAAAGGGCCUGUCUGCUGAGGACUUACAGGAGAACCAUAUCUCUGAAGGCUUCUUGGAGCCUACCACCUCUGAGACCCCCUUAGAGCCCCAUAUCUCUGAAUCCCCUUUGGUGCCAACCCCUUCCCAGACCCCUUUAGGGGCCCAUUCCUCUGAAACCCAUCAGGAGCCUUCCACCUCGGAGACCCCUUCAGAGAUCCCUACAUAUGAGGCUUCAUUGGAUAGUCCCAUCUCAGUGGUGCCAAAGAAACACCUAACUCUUCCUCCCCAAUCAGUAGACUAUGUCUCUCUGCUUUCCUCUGAUACUUUGAAGGAAGACCUCUCCUCUGAGUCUUCUUCCAAUGAGGUCCCAUGGACAAGGAGGUCGACUCAUCUCUCUGAAUCUGAGAGCCUUCCAGAGCACUCCCUUUCAGGCCCUUCAGCCCAGGUCCAAAUGGACACAUCUGAAAAGCAGAAGGAAGAAGCAGGAGAGACUGAAAAGGGGGUAGAUGCCAGUGACAGCACUGCUCACACAGCCCAGCCUGGACACCAGCUGGGUUACACAGCCCACCCAGUGGUCCCUGCUAAGCAGGCAGAGCUGGUGGAAGUGGCUAAGGCAAUGCACAAAGAGAAGUUUGGUGCUCAAGUGAACAAUCUUUUCCAAUGGGAGAAGGAUGCAGCCCUGAAUGCCAUCCAGACAGGUCUCUACAUUGGCUGGCGCUGCCCCCAUUACCUAUGGGACUGUUUCCGGAUUGGGAGUGAGUCCAGAUGCUUUUGUGGACACUUGUUGAGAGAGCACCGGAUUAUCUCAGACAUAUCGGUGCCCUGCAAGGUGAGCCAGUGCCGCUGCCUCAUGUUCUGCUUUAUUCCGUCACGCCCAGAAGAGGUGGGUGAGUUCUGGCUCAAGAGACGGGCCACCUUUGACCCCAAGGCCUGGAGGGCCCAAUGUCGCUGCAAACAUAGCCACGAAGAACAUGCAGCCAGUGGGCCCCAUCCCUGCAGGCAUCAUGGCUGUUGCUGCAGCUGUUUUGAGUCUAAUUUCCUCUGUGCGGCCUGUGACCGGCGCUGGGAGGAACAUGAGACUUUCUUUGAGACUCAGAAGACCCGGCAACGAGGAGGGAGGCCUUACGGGACAGACACUGUCAGCAACUGGCACAGGCCUUUGUGA